UUGGUUUGGUCUCUCUCUCUCUCUCCCUCUGCCUCUCUCCCCCUCUCUCUCUCUCUCUCUCUGGGUUUGAACUGUUACUGAUGGUCUUGCCCUCACAUUUCCAUGGUAACUGUCCUGUCUGAGGUGUGAACAGUGAGAAUGGAGCUGGACGAGAAGAAGCCGGACGGUAAAUACGGUGAAUCCAGGAAGUUUGAUCCAAACUUCAAGGGACCAAUCCACAACAGGGGCUGCACAGAUGUCCUCUGCUGCAUUCUCUUCAUCCUGGCCCUGUUGGGCUACUUUGCUGUGGGUAUCAUCGCCUGGUCUCAGGGUGACCCCAGGAAAGUGAUCUAUCCCACAGACAGCAGGGGGCAGUUUUGUGGACAAGCUGGGACACCUCUGGAGAAGAAGCCUCUUCUGUUCUACUUCAACAUACUGAAAUGUGCCAGUCCUCUGACGCUGCUGGAGUUCCAGUGUCCCACCACACAGUUAUGUGUGGAGAGCUGUCCUGACAGGCAUCUCACCUUGGUGAAAGCCAAGUUAGGCAACACAGAAGACCAUGAAUACUACAAACAAUUCUGCAAGGAAGGAGUCAACUUUGCUAAAUUGAGUCCUCCUGAGAUCCUGAGGGAUGGCUUGUGUCCAGCCCUGUUGAUGCCCAGCAAAGCCUUCACGCGUCGCUGCCUUCCUGCUUUGGGAACCAUGAAAGGUGGGGUCGUGGUGGUGGGCAAUGAAACCACUUUUGAUUCCGGGGAGGGCGUCAAUAUCAAUGCCACCGAUGUGCUGGAGGCAUCGAAGAAGUCAAAUGUGGUCGUUGAAGCUCGCCAGGUGGCCAUGAGGAUCUUUGAAGACUACACACAGUCUUGGCACUGGAUAAUGCUUGGUCUGGUGAUAGCCAUGGUCGUCAGCUUGAUUUUCAUCGUCCUGCUGAGAUUCCUGGCUGGUAUCAUGGUCUGGAUCAUGAUUGUUUUGGUUAUUCUUGUCAUUGGAUACGGUAUUUUCCACUGUUACAUGGAAUUUGCCAGUCUGAAGGGAGAGCCUGGGUCUGACGUCACCAUCCGUGACCUGGGCCUGCAGACGGACUUCUCAGUCUAUCUGCAGAUCAGACAGACUUGGCUGGCCUUCAUGAUCAUCUUGGCUAUUGUGGAAUUCAUCAUCAUCCUGCUACUCAUCUUCCUCCGGAAGAGAAUCAUGAUCGCCAUCGCUCUCAUCAAAGAGGCCAGCAGAGCUGUUGGACACGUGAUGUCAUCGCUGUUCUACCCACUGCUGACCUUUGCCCUCCUGGCCGUGGUGAUCGCCUACUGGGCCAUCACUGCUGUUUUCUUGUCCACCUCUAAUGAGCAGGUGUACAAAGUUUUCAACAACUCUGAGUGUGAGUACUCACUAGAGACCUGUGACCCCAAGACAUUCAACAUCUCCAACAUCUCUGCUCAGUGUCCAGAUGCAGAGUGUCUGUUUGCCUUCUACGGCGGAGAGACCCUCUACCACAAGUAUCUCAUCCUGUUCCAGUUCUACAACAUCUUCCUGUUCUUCUGGUGCGCCAACUUCGUGACGGCCCUGGGCCAGGUCACCCUGGCGGGGGCCUUUGCUUCAUAUUACUGGGCCUUCAAGAAGCCUGGUGAUAUUCCCGCCUACCCCAUCUUCUCCUCACUAGGACGCGCCCUCAGAUACCACACAGGCUCCCUGGCUUUCGGCUCCCUGAUCCUGUCUGUGGUUCAGGUCAUCAGGGUCCUUCUGGAGUAUCUGGACCAAAAGUUGAAAGGUGCUCAGAACAAGUGUGCUAAAUUCCUGUUGACCUGCAUGAAGUGCUGCUUCUGGUGUCUGGAGAAAUGUAUCAAGUUCCUCAACAGAAACGCCUACAUCAUGGUCGCCAUCUAUGGGAAGAGUUUCUGUGCUUCAGCUCGAGAUGCCUUUUUCCUUCUCAUGAGAAACAUCCUCAGAGUGGCUGUUCUCGACAAAGUGACUGACUUCCUGCUGUUUCUUGGGAAGCUCCUCAUUGUUGGCAUUGUUGGGAUCUUCUCUUUCUUCUUCUUCUCUGGGAGAAUCAAAGCAGUAGAGGAUGCGGCUCCAUCUCUGAACUACUACUGGGUGCCAAUACUGACAGUGGUAGUGGGAUCCUAUCUCAUCGCCCAUGGCUUCUUCAGUGUGUACGCCAUGUGUGUGGACACACUCUUCCUUUGCUUCUGUGAGGACCUGGAAAGAAACGAUGGCUCGUCUGAGAGACCUUACUUCAUGUCCCCCGAGCUGCACGAGAUCCUCUCCAAAGUAAAGAAGCCGGAGGAAGAUCACGAUGGCGUUGAGCAGGCGGAUGCCGCGAAGUCCGCAGAUGAGGUGAAACUGGAGGAGGAGACGCCUCUUCAGCAACUGCAGGACGGAGAGAUCCAACUGACAGAGCAGGUAGUGCUGAAGCAGGACAAAGAAGAGGAGCAACCGCUGAAGUCCAACACUGACGCCGAGGAGCCGAAAGAGGAGAAGAGCGAGGAACUGACCGUUGAUCAAGCAGAGGAGGCUGAGAAGAAAGAAGUCGCGGAGAUGAAGGAAGAGGCAGAAAAGCAGGAGGUAAAACAGGAAGAAAAGACGGAGGAGGUGACCCCACCAGCUGUGGAGGCUGAGAAAGAGGAGACUGGUGGAAAGGAAGAGGAAAAGGAGGAAUCUAAGGAGGGAAAUCCUCCCUCUGCACCACAGGAGUAGAAGUCAGCAGUAAUGUAAGAGAGGCUUGGUAAACCUCAAAAAGAAUGAAAGAACUGUCUUCAACUUUGUGACAUGGACCUGAUAAAUGUGCGGCAUACAACAAGCUUAAAUGUCAAAUGGCCUUUCUCUGUGAGCGGCUUGACGUCCGGCCGGAGGAGGUUUGUGUUGGUCGUGUGAAGCAGGUGAAAAAAGCCCAGUGCAUCUCUGUAGCUUGAAAAAAAAAAAAACGCUCUGUUGUGUUGGUUUUAGAACAGUGUUGGUUUUUAUAUUGUGACGAUGUGUAAAACAUUGUGAGUGCUGAACCUGUGCCUGAUUACUGUCACUGAUGUCUGUCGUCUUAAUCCUGUUAUAAUGAAUGCAAUACAGAGUCACACUAGUACAGUCAGAACAAACACUUCUCCACUGAUGGUGAAUCUCUUUCACUGUUUACAAUAAAACCAGCUGACGCCAAAACCUUACAGACACAUUUGAUAUACUGUAUGAAUAUUGGAUCUUUUUUUUCUUAUGGAACUUGUGUAUAUAUACAGUAGCGUUUGCCUAUGGUGUAUUUAUUGGCUUCAGUCUUGUAGAGAUCCUCGCCAAGACGGGAUCCCAUGUAUUGUAUUGCCACCUACUUGCCUUGGUAUGUCUUGGACUGGCAUUAAGUGCUGUUGCUGCGUUGCCGUGACGACGCAGCCCUCACAACCUCUCAGACUCUGUGGAACCCAGCGCCCCCUGUUGUUUACUGACCAUAACUACCUGGCUCUUUCCCUAUCCUCUGUCUCUCUCUCUCUCUCUCUUUCUCUUUCUCUCUCUUUAAGUGCUGCAUGGUGUUGACAUGACCUCCUGAAUGCUCUUAACUAACAUCGUAAGCCUCUGUAUGCUUUUGUACCUUUUUCUCUUGAUUGUCACCUUGUGAAAGAUGUAAGUUGAUUUUCCACUAAAAUGAAUGCUGACAUUCCAUAUUUAUUGGCUGUGAAUCUUGAUUAAAGGUGAUUGUAUUAUAA